AUGUCCCGCUCCACUGCCCCCGACGAGGGCGCCACGUUCGAGCACCUGUGGAGCUCUCUGGAGCCCGACAGCACCUAUUUCGACCUGCCCCCGACGAGCCGGGGUAGUAAUGUGGGGGCAUGCGGCGCAGAGACCAGCAUGGACGUCUUCCACCUGCCAGGCAUGGGCACCCCGUCUGCCAUGGCCCAGUUCAAUCUGCUGAGCAGCACCAUGGACCAGCUGAGCAGCCGGGCGGCCGCCGCCAGCCCCUACACCCCGGAGCACGCGGCCAGCGUGCCCACCCACUCGCCCUACGCGCAGCCCAGCUCCACCUUCGACACCAUGUCCCCGGCGCCCAUCAUCCCCUCCAACACCGACUACCCCGGCCCCCACCACUUCGACGUCACCUUCCAGCAGUCCAGCACCGCCAAGUCGGCCACCUGGACGUACUCCCCGCUGCUGAAGAAGCUGUACUGCCAGAUCGCCAAGACGUGCCCCAUCCAGAUCAAGGUGUCCACACCGCCGCCCCCGGGCACCGCCAUCCGCGCCAUGCCCGUCUACAAGAAGGCGGAGCACGUGACCGAGGUGGUGAAGCGCUGCCCCAACCACGAGCUCGGGCGGGACUUCAACGAAGGACAGUCUGCCCCGGCCAGCCACCUCAUCCGCGUGGAGGGCAACAACCUCUCGCAGUACGUGGACGACCCCGUCACCGGCAGGCAGAGUGUCAUGGUGCCCUACGAGCCCCCACAGGUGGGGACCGAGUUCACCACCAUCCUGUACAACUUCAUGUGCAACAGCAGCUGUGUGGGGGGCAUGAACCGCCGGCCCAUCCUCAUCAUCAUCACCCUGGAGACCCGGGAUGGCCAGGUGCUGGGCCGCCGGUCCUUCGAGGGCCGCAUCUGUGCCUGUCCUGGCCGAGACCGCAAAGCCGACGAGGACCACUACCGCGAGCAGCAGGCCCUGAACGAGAGUGCCGCCAAGAACGGGGCCACCAGCAAGCGCGGUGAGCGGAGCUCCGGCUGGGGUGUGGGCAGGAGGGCACCCCCAAGGUCCGCCUCCCUCGCUCAGGUGCGGGGCCGGGAGAACUUCGAGAUCCUGAUGAAGGUCAAGGAGAGCCUGGAGCUGAUGGAGCUGGUGCCCCCGCAGGUGGUGGACUCCUACCGGCAGCAGCAGCAGCAGCUCCUACAGAGGCCGAGCCACCUGCAGCCCCCGUCCUACGGGCCGGUCCUCUCGCCCAUGAACAAAGUGCAUGGGGGUGUCAACAAGCUGCCCUCGGUCAACCAGCUGGUGGGCCAGCCACCCCCGCACAGCUCGGCGACCGGGCCCAACCUGGGGCCCAUGGGCCCCGGGCUACUCAACAACCACGGCCACACCCUGCCGGCCAACGGUGAGAUGAACGGCAGCCACAGCUCCCAGUCCAUGGUCUCGGGGUCCCACUGCACCCCACCUCCCCCCUACCACGCCGACCCCAGCCUGGUCAGUUUUUUAACAGGACUGGGGUGUCCCAACUGCAUCGAGCACUUCACCUCGCAAGGCUUACAGAGCGUUUACCACCUGCAGAACCUGACCUUGGAGGACCUCGGGGCGCUGAAGAUCCCCGACCAGUACCGGAUGACCAUCUGGCGAGGCCUGCAGGACCUGAAGCAGAGCCACGACUGCGGGGCGCAGCAGCUGAUCCGCUCCAGCAGCAACGCGGCCACCAUCGCCAUCGGCGGCUCGGGCGAGCUUCAGCGGCAGCGCGUCAUGGAGGCCGUGCACUUCCGCGUGCGCCACACCAUCACCAUCCCCAACCGCGGCCCGGGCGCGGGCCAGGACGAGUGGGCGGACUUCGGCUUCGACCUCCCGGACUGCAAGGCCCGGAGGCAGUCCAUCAAGGAGGAGUUCACGGAGGGGGAGGCCAACUGACGGCGCCGGAGC